AUAAUAGAAGAAAUAGUUGGAACUUAGAAGAGUCCAAGAGUUGACCGGCAUGACUAAUGAGUCGGCUCAUCAGCCACAGCACACCACACCUCACGCCCUCCACGUAGUAAAACCUCUAGAGAAAAGUAGUGGCUGCUCCCUCUCCCACGCGCACCCCUCUUCCGAACCUUCCUUCCACCGCCCUCCCUCUUUGUUUCCACGCCCUCUCCACCACCACGUGUGCCCUUUCUCCUCUCUCUCUCUCUCUCUAUAUCUAUAUAUAUAUAGACAGUGUCUAUGGUCUUCUUGUGAGCAUUUCGUCAAACAUCUAGCAUUUUAUUCUUGUGAGCAUUUCAUCGAACAUCUGGUGUUCAGAAUUUUGCAGAGAUGGGAAGAAGAACAAGAGAUGCUGAAGCAGAGCUUAACUUGCCGCCUGGCUUCCGCUUUCAUCCCACUGAUGAAGAGCUUGUUGUGCAUUACCUUUGCUUGAAGUCCUCUGGCCAACGUUUGCCUGUUCCUAUUAUCGCUGAGGUUGAUCUUUAUAAGUUUGACCCUUGGGAUCUCCCUGAGAUGGCGUUGUUUGGGCAGAAAGAGUGGUAUUUUUUUACGCCGAGAGAUCGGAAGUACCCGAAUGGUUCUCGGCCGAAUAGGGCGGCGGGGAGAGGGUACUGGAAAGCAACGGGAGCUGACAAGCCGGUUUGUCCAAAAGGGAGUAGUAAAGCUCUAGGGAUCAAGAAAGCUCUUGUCUUUUACCAUGGAAAAGCUCCGAAAGGAUUGAAGACUGAUUGGAUCAUGCAUGAGUAUCGACUUGCCGACGUUGAUCGAGCUCCAAACAAGAAAGGAACACUCAGAUUGGAUGAUUGGGUGUUGUGUCGGCUGUACAACAAGAAGAACAAUUGGGAGAAAACAGAGAGGAAGGUGAGAAGAGAAGAAAGAUCAUCAGUGAUGGAAACCAUGGAGUAUUCGGAGAUUCACGAUGAAACUGGAUCAACGAGCCAUCGAACUCCGGAAUCAGAGAUCGAUAAUGAUUCAUUUCCGGACAUUGAUGGAUUGGUUCAAGCUGGGUUUUUUCCUGCCGAUCAAGUGUUUGAUGAAAAGCCUCAACCAGUGAGAAGUGGGUUUCCGGUGCUGGAGAAGAUGAAAGAAGAGAAUGAUUGGAUGAGUGACUUCAAUCUUGAUGAUUUCCAGAGUUCUUGGGCAGCGUUUGGGGCUACAACUGCUGUUGAUGUGCAGGAUUCUUGGUUUUCAGCGCUGGUGUCUCCGCGUUUGAGGCCACAAAACCAAGUAAAUUUUAGUAGGUUUUAAUUUAAGGUUUUAAGAUUAGAGUUUUAGAGUCGUUAAUCCUCUUUGUACACAAACUUGGAAAUAAGUUUCAAG